ACGUGCGUGUGCUUCUUUACUUACGAACGAAAGAUUUUCGUCGACAUUUUCAAAAUGGAAGAUCGAAAAUCAUCAAUAAGAACCUAUGAUAUUGAAACAUAUGAUGAGCCGGAAGACGUGUACGAAACCACUUCAAAUCAUCAUCAGAUUCAUCAAUUACGAGUAUGGGAAGACCAAAACAUCCACGGUGAUCCAAAAAAUGCCAAGGCAUACGAAAUUGAAAAACGAGAAGUGAUUUUAACUGUUAAUAAUUUCAUGACCAAGUUACUCAUCGAAAGUCAACGUUUCAAAAAUAAUGAUGACGGUAUGACCAAAAAAAAGUACGAGGAAAUGGAAGAUUAUUUAACCGACCGCUUAGAAAUAGCUCAUGAUUUAAUUACUAGACUCAGACAGUUACUGACAAUGGAGAAAACUGACGCGGUGAUGGACCACUCGUUAAAUAAAACUAGAUUUUUUAAAAUGAACGAUGACUACGUAUCUCAAAACGAAGUGAAUGAAAACAAUCGACAAAAAGCAUUGACGGAAAAGAGAAGAAAAGUCAAAUUGUUCAGUGAUACCAUAGACUCAAUCACCGAGAGAUACAAUUUGAUAGUUGAUACGAUAAAUGCUCCUAGUGAUUACAAGUUUCUAUACGGGAUGAAAACAAACACAAUACAUUUAGAAUUGAAAAAAAACAUUACGAAAAAGAAGAAAGAUACAAAGAACGAAGGCAGAAAUAAUGAAGCUAGUGGUCCUGUUCUCGGAUCGCCUUUGGACAUAUUAAACGGCAGAAUCAUCGACUCGGAGGUCAAACCAACCUAUCGCAUCAUCGGAACAGAUGUUACCAGCUACAAAACGGUUUACAACUAUUCUUGCACUCUAUACGGAUUAUAUGUUGAAGGGAAAGGUUCGAAAAAAGAAAAAGCUAAAGAAGAUGCAGCCACCGAAAUGAUACGGCUGAUUGUAAAUGAACAGAACGCCAAUACUCUAUCAAGUCAGUUCAAGCCGUUCAACGAACAAGAAAUUAACAGUCUGCAAACUCUGCUUAAAACAAAACAGAACUAUACGGACUUAUUUGAAGAAAUCAACAAAGAUGAUCUUCCAUUGGCGUUAGAAAUAAAAUCGAAAAAACAGAAAUGAAUUUAAUAGAAUUAUUAUGAA